AUGUCAUCUUAUCCACAGCCGACAGAAGAAAGAGCACAAGAACUAAUUUCCAACUAUAACAAAAUAUAUGAAAAAGUACAAUCACUAAAUCCCAAAACAAAAUUAAUAGCAGUAUCAAAAUUUAAACCAUCAUCAGAUAUAAUGGCAUUAUAUUCACAGGGAAUACGACACUUUGGUGAAAAUUAUGUACAAGAAUUGAUUCAAAAAUCAAAAGAAUUACCUCAGGAUAUAAAUUGGCAUUUUAUUGGAGGAUUACAACUGGGUAAAACAAAAGAUUUAAGUAAUAAAAUUCAAAAUUUAUAUAGUGUUGAAACUAUUGAUUCUUUGAAAAAAUGUAAACAAUUAAAUAAUGCUAGGGAAAGAAAGGAGGGGGAUAUUAUUAAUGUUUUUUUACAAAUUAAUACAUCUGGUGAAGAACAAAAAUCUGGGUUCUUGGAAAUUAAUGAUAUUUAUGAAGUUAUUGAAUAUUUAAAAAGUGAAGAAUGUAAAAAAUUAAAUUUGUUAGGAUUAAUGACUAUAGGAUCAUUUAAUGAAUCAACUUCCCAAAAUGAAGAAAAUCAAGAUUUUAAAAAAUUAGUUGAUUUAAAAAACCAAUUAGAUGAAAAAUUUAAUUUAAAUUUACAAUUAAAUAUGGGUAUGAGUAAUGAUUUUGGACAAGCUAUCAAACAAGGAAGUAAUUGGGUAAGAGUUGGAUCUUCAAUUUUUGGAGCAAGACCUACAAAAGAAGAAAUUUGA